AUGGCCGUGAGGUUGAGGGGGGCUACUCAAGCUGGUGAUACUAAUGAAUUAUAUAACUGUAUUCGGGGUGAUGCAAAUGUUUUCAGGCUCAUUGAUGAGGCCGAGUUUGUUGAUACUCCGUUGCACAUAGCUGCAGCAAGAGGCCGUGCUGAUUUUGCAACCACGAUCAUGUACUUAAAGCCAUCACUUGCUCGGAAGCUGAACCAGGACAUCUUUAGCCCCAUGCACCUAGCCUUGCAAAAUGACCACAAAGAAACAAUGCUUUGUCUGCUGGCUGUUGACAAAGAUCUUGUUCACGUCAAAGGGAGGGAAGGCUACACUCCUUUGCAUCAUGUUGCUAGAGAAGGAAACCUUGAUCUUUUGGCUCAAUUUCUUAAGGUUUGCCCUGCAUGUGUAGAAGAUGUGACCAUUUGGAAUGAGACUGCUUCACACGUUGCGGCCAAACAUAACAGAUUAGAAGCUUUAGAAAUCCUAGCACGGUGGAUUCAAAGGAUCCAUCUUUAUAGCAAGAGUUCGAGAAAACACCUACUGAACUUAAAAGAUAGAAACAAUAACACUGUGUUGCACAUCGUUGCUGCCAACACUCAACAAACGAUCAAAGUGUUAUUAGAAUGUGAUGUUGACACCAAGGAGACUAAUAUGAGUGAUUUGAUAGCUUUGAAUGUCCUAGAAAGCCAAAGCAGAAAUGGUGCAGUAGAAGAAGAUGAAUUGAGCUUCAAGUUCUUGAGAGAUAAACUUGGAGUUUACUCAUCUGGAAUCAAGGAGGUGUAUCUCCUAAUUUCCAAAGCUGAUCCCUUACAAGAAAGGUUAAGAUCUAGGAUCAUAGUUCUAGAGCGAACAACAAUGCAAAUGGUGGGUUGCAUCUUGAAUAUGUCAAUUGAGAGGAUCAAUGCAUUGCUCGUAGUGUUAGCACUAGUUCUGAUGGCCACCUAUCAAGCGAUGCUUAGUUCGCCUAGUGGAGUUUGGCAAGGUGACAUUUUAGGAAAUGUUACAGUCGAUUCCAUAGCCAAGCUUUGGAUGAUUGGAUGUCGUGGUGCUGUGAAAGAAAGAGUCCAUGGAGCCAAACAAAAUGUUAGGCAUCAUAGCAUCGAAGGAUGGAGCCCACAACACUGA